AUGAUAAGUAGUGGAAGAAUUGUUCUCGCUUUAAGUGGGGGAGUGGACUCAGCUGUGGCAGCUUAUCUCUUAAAAAAAAGAGGCUAUGAAGUGAUUGCUGUUUUUAUGCAAAAUUGGGAUAACUACUUAG